AGAGCGCUCGAGCUCCGCGGCGCUCGGCCCGCAGUCCUCUGACCGCGCGGAGCAGAGCCAGGUGGCGCCGCCCGAGCCCGGAGCCGCGACCCUCCCCGGCCUCCUUUGUCUGGGAGCGUGCGGCCUGGAAGCGCGGCUCUCGUGGGCCGGGCCCGCGGCCACAGCGCCCGGUGACAGCUCUUCCCUCCCGGAGGGCUCCGGGACAGAGGGGCGGUGGGGCCGGGCCCUGCUCGCCCGCGCCUGCACGCCCGAGCGCGCGCCCCGAUGCCCCCGCAGCAGGGGGACCCCGCAUUCCCCGGCCGCUGCGAGGCGCCGCCCGUUCCGCCGCGCCGGGAGCGCGGGGCGCGCGGGGGGCGCGGGCCCGGGGCGCCGGGGGGCCGGGGGCGCGCGGGCGGUGCCGAGGGGCGCGGCGUCAAGUGCGUGCUUGUCGGCGACGGCGCGGUGGGCAAGACCAGCCUGGUGGUGAGCUAUACCACCAACGGUUACCCCACCGAGUACAUCCCCACCGCCUUCGACAACUUCUCGGCUGUGGUGUCUGUGGACGGGAGGCCUGUGAGACUCCAGCUCUGUGACACGGCUGGACAGGAUGAGUUCGACAAACUCAGGCCUCUCUGCUACACCAACACGGACAUCUUUCUUCUGUGCUUCAGUGUGGUGAGCCCCUCCUCCUUCCAGAACGUCAGCGAGAAGUGGGUGCCAGAGAUUCGAUGCCACUGUCCCAAAGCCCCCAUCAUCCUCGUGGGGACUCAGUCAGAUCUCCGAGAAGAUGUCAAGGUCCUCAUCGAGCUGGACAAAUGCAAAGAGAAGCCUGUGCCCGAAGAGGCGGCCAAGCUGUGUGCCGAGGAAAUCAAAGCUGCCUCUUACAUCGAGUGUUCAGCCUUGACUCAGAAAAACCUCAAGGAGGUCUUUGACGCCGCCAUCGUCGCAGGCAUCCAGUACUCGGACACUCAGCAGCAGCCAAAGAAGUCCAAAAGCAGGACUCCAGACAAAAUGAAAAACCUCUCCAAGUCUUGGUGGAAAAAGUACUGCUGUUUCGUAUGAUGCCGGCUGGGCGCCCGACGGGUGGACUUAGACGGCAUCUGCGGUAGAAGCUAUAUUAGCUGAAGGACCCCUGUCAUCGUGGAGGAGCCGUAGAGACAACAUGCGCACGCGCGUGUGUGUAUGCGUGUGUGUGUGUGUGUGUGUGUGUGCGCGCGUGUAUCAUAGCUGGAGCUCUCAAUUUAUGUCUUCUCUCUUGCCUUUCAUGUUCUUGUGUGUUUGAGCUUAGGGACGAGCUAAUCAUUAAUUACGCAAGAUGUUUUUGAAGUCAGUGGAGCAUUUUUCGUAACUCUGGAAACGUAGAGCUCUAGACCUCUGCAUUAAUUUAUAUCUAAUUUGAAAAAGAUGCCUCAAAUCUGGGUGUCAAGAAUGAAAUCUUUUUUUUGCUAUGUUAUAAUGGACCGAAGAACACAAGAAGAAAAUGGUGUGGUUAACCCUCGUCCCUUGACCAAGGGCUCCUUCCUGCAAGUGCGUUACGGCCCCCAGCCAGCUAUGGUGAAAAUCACUCUUAGCUCUGAGACUCCACACACUUUUAAAAAACUUUUUUAAGGAACUAAAAUCCGAGGGGG